AUGGAGGAAGAUGGAUCUGCCGUGUCAAUGGAGUCCAGAUUGGAGGCAGCGAAUAUGUGUCAGAGGGUGUUGGCAAAGAUGUUGGAGAACAACGUUGGUGGCAUUAUUGGAAAGAGGGAUACUUGCCCUGGAUGGUGGGCUUUGCCUACUCUGUUGAGCUAUCUGACGAGAUACGUGAAGGUUUCAUACUCCUCUUUUUUGUCAUUUGGGCAUAUCAAUCCUCAUGCCUUCAUUUGGUUUGCAAGGGAUGAUGCAGCGGCAAUUUUGUUUGCGGUGACAAUAAUGGCAGGUGAUCCUUUGAGGGAGACUUUGCUGUGUCCUGGACAAGGACCGAUGUGGAAGGAUGAUGGGACGGCAGUGGAAGGCAAGCCGCCAAAUUCAAACCACCGUCAUUUUGUUCGCCAAUGUUAUCGUCCGUGUCUUUUUGAUGCUGUGGGAAAGGUGGAGUUUGGAGGAAAGGGUAUUAAGGCGAACCUGUUUGAUAAAUGUGAGUCACAGUUGGAUGGUGGGUAUGACGAGACGUUUGCUACAGAUUUGGUGGUCUCUGUUACUCGCCAGCGUGGGAAGGAUGGUCAAUUUAUCCCAGGAGAUGUGGUGAUAGUAAAGGCAACAGGUGUGGAAAAGGUGGUGGCUGUUGUGCACCAGAAGUCAUAUUGGGUCGUUGGACUUGGUGGUUGACAGCUGGUAUUGGACAACAAAGUUUGGGAGGCAAAAAGGGUGGUGUAGGAGUUGUUUGAUUGGUUGAUGAUCUCGGUUGUAAUGCGUAUUGCAGGUAUCUGAUGUAUAGAGAUUCGGAUGGGAGGUUGGGGGUGGUCGUUGGCAUUUUGUUGAGAUAUGUUUGUUGAGAGGUUGGAGGAGGAGAUGUACAGGGUCGGUGAUCAAUAUUUUGUUGAGGCAUUUUUUUUGAAAGGAUGAGUUUUGGUACUUGCAAUACGGGUGUUUGUUCAUUUUGUUUACAGUUGGCAAAGAGAAUCGUUUGAAGCAGU